UCCAACAAGAACGACAACUCCCUCUAAAAGGACGGAACACUUCGGGGAUUUCCCUUUUCUAUUUUACCCAUUUUUUGUGUAAAAUGAUUCAGCCUUUAAGGCUAUGAAUCAGAAAGAAAUGAUGGAAUUCUGUAUUUCGAGAUAUCUUUGAAUGAACGACAAAAAAUAUAAAUUUUGAAAGAGGAGAGGAUUAAAGUGGAUAUUUGCAAGGGUCCUUGCAAAGUUAUGGGACAUUUCUUCUGGCAGUUAUUUACAGGGUUGUUCAAUAAAAGAGGAAACUGAAGACAUGAUUUACUGAUCGGGUAUGAAACAACAAUAGUUGACGUCUCUUCACAAUGGAUGAUCCAAAACGAAGUGCGCAUGAGUUAUACUUGACAUACCUAACAACUCAAAGUGAUUUUAUUGCUUGCAACAGUUUCGACAUGGAACAGAAAAUAUUAGAAUUACGUGAAAAGCUACAUAUGCUAGUGGUGCAAUUUUUGUGUACUUGUUUUCCGCAGGAGCGGUUUAAGUUUCAAGAAUUUCCAAAUAUUAUUUUACAAAGUUCAACAAUGAAAUAUUUCGAACCUAUAAAAGCGGCAGAAGCUUUUACCAAUUUGGAAAGUUAUAUUACAUUACUGUGUAUAAUGCCAUGGAAACAAGAGUUUCAUCAAAUAAAGAAAUAUGGAGGCUUUUACCAAACAAAGAUAGAAUCACAUAUUAAAAAUGCAGAUAGUAUUUUCAAACUGAUUGGAUUUACGGAAAACACAGCCGGUUUAUUAGUUCUUACAGGAAGCUCAAAAUUGGAACUUUUGCAGUAUGUUUCAUUUGAAUGUUUUGUUGCAUCAACUGAAUGCCAUAUAAUAGAAAAUGUUUGGAAAAAAGUUUUUGAUAGGGGUUUAAAUGUAGCAAGUGUUGUUCAGUUAAGACAUCAGAACAAGGGAACAGAAGAUGAUGUUCUUGCUUUGAUUGGUGGUAAAUCUGUGAUAAAAGGAGUUUCGGAAAAUGUUUUAGACGCAAGAAUUGUUCCAGCUGGAAAUGGAAAACAUAAUAAAUUAAUGUCAGGCCAGUCAUCAACCGAACCGUUUCGGAAUAAACUUCAAAAUUAUAUGCAGACGGCAAAGAAAAUGAGUGAUUACGAAGACAAUAUUCCGUUUAUGGACGAGGGUGUAAAAGAGAAUGAAUUUACUCCUGUUGAUUUUGAUGAACAGAUACAGGCAAGUUUACAAUGGGUUGAAGGAAAAACUGGAGCACCUCCAAUGAAUGAAAAUUCCACACCAGGUUUGAAAGCAUCGCAGGAAUGGUCAUUUGUGCGCGAAGGGCUUGAAAAAAAUUACGGAAAAAAGUAUUUCGAAGGUAUAAGAAAAGAUAUUUUGGAAAAAGAGCAGGACAUUAAACCACACUCUUUCACUGGUAAAGAUAGAUAUGUUAAAGUAGGUGUUGAAAAACCGGGAAUAGGUUAUGUGAAUCAUGAGAUAGCUAAAGAUUGGCGAAAACAGCAACUUGAGCCUGGUCAAAUGAACGCUUUAUACAGCGAGUCUAAAGAUUCAGAUUACGCUACUGGAACAUCAGAAUUAUUUUAUCCUCCAACUAUUGAUAGUCAUCCUCAGUCAAAUCAGCAGUCUCUAAGAAAAAGAGGCCCUUUUGUUGCUAAUAUUAAACAAGUAACUGAACCCGUUCUUGUAAAAGGUUCAGGUGUUCAUUAUCAAGCACCUGAUUAUAACAGGCAGUCAAGAACAGAACCAAUCCUAAGACGUCAGACAGGAGAUCAAACUAAAAUUGCUUUUGAUCCCAAUCAGCAAUCAAGACAAACGUAUGCCUUUGCAAGUACAAACAGUGGAAAUCUGGAAAAUAUUCAAAAGUACCAAAAACGAGUGUCAGCUCCGCUUGCACAAAUGGAAAAUGUAGUUCAAACAAAAAACUUACCAGCUGAAACUAGUGCUCGGAUUCCACAAGCUUCACAGAGUUUUAGUGAGGCCAGCCGAUGGAAUACAAUGGAUGGAGCUGUUACAAAAGGUUCAAAAACGAUACAUAACAUACCACAACGUACUAUUCCAAAACAAGUGAACAAUGUUGCACCCCAAAAAAUUGUAAACCCAGAAUGGUCGUGUAGAUAUUGUACGUUCUUUAACAGCCCACACACAGAUAUAUGUGAAAUGUGUUCAAAGUCACGCGACCCAAAUGUAGAGACGGAUUCUCCACCAAUGGUGGGUGAUACUUCUAGAGUUUGUGAUCAUUGCACUUUAGAGAAUGAGAAAGACUCGACAUGUUGCCACGCCUGUGGUCAGGAGCUAAGACGUACACAGACUGUUGUUUAAAUAUCUUCUUGUAUUUUUUUUGUUUAUUAAAGUUAUAUUUAUUUAAAGGAGCAUUAAAAAAUGAUAACCAUGCUAAAUGAUGAUAUUUAGAAUAUUUGAAAAUUGUAUUAAAAUCCUAGAAAAUUUUUUUUAGUUCAGUAUCAAAUAUUCCUAAAAUAUUAGAUUUUUUUUUGUAUUAACAUGCUUAUUCUUGUUUUUUUAUUUGUUACUUAUUUCAUUUUUGUCUUUAAUGCACACCUUUUUAGCUUGACUAUUCAAAGAAUAAGGAGAGCUAUCCUAGUACCCUGAGCGCCCGUGUUGGCGUAACCACUUAUGUAAAAGUUUGCAUACCACCACAAAUAUUUUCAAAGUCCAUUGACAUAUAGCUGUGAAACGUAGCACAUUUGUUCACCAUCAUACUCCAAACCUGUAGACAGGAGUGGGUAACUCUGUCAAGCAUUUUGACAGAAUUAUGCUCGUUUUUUUCGGAUUAGAAUUCUCGUUAAAGUUCGGUCCAUUUACAUGGCUUUGAAACUUAAGAGGUAACUCUAUCAAGCAUAUUGAUAGAAUUAUGCCCCUGGAUUUAGAAUUAACGUUAUCAUUAUCUCAACCUGUGUACAGGAAGAGGUUACUGUAUCAAGCUUUUUUACAAUUUUUUUCCAUAUUAAUAUCAAGUACUGAGAAUAGUCAAGCACGCUGUCCUAAUGACAGCUCUUGGUUAUUAUAUAAUUAAAUAGAAUUAAAAACAGUAUUCUUCAGCUAUAAGAUAUUAACCCUGACCUACUAUAUAUUUCAAAUGGUUUUGUCCAACAUAAGCAUCCAUCAUUUCAUGUAAAACCUCAAAUUAAAAAAGCACUGACUGAAUAGCAAACAGUGCAGACCAUGAUCAGAUAGCAUGAGUGUUCUAUGAUCUUGGUCUGUACUGGUCACAGUGGUAUAAUAUGUUGCCACAUUAGCAAGCAAAGAAUUGAUUUAUGUCUGCCUGUUUAUACAUGAAUUUAUUCUAUUAUCAAGGAUUGUUUUUCUCAAUCUUAUUUUUGUUGUUUCUUUUGUACAUGGAGUUAUCAUUUCCUCUCAUGAUUAUGAUUGGUUAGAAAAAAAUAUGUAAAAAUUAAGAUUCUUUCAUAGUUGCAAUGUUGUCAAAAUUCCCCCUAAAAUAACUAACAACAUCUGUUAAGUGUUAUGUAUAUAGCUGCAAAUAUAGUUUAUGUUCUCACAAUGCAUUUUGCAUGGGGUGUCAGUGGCCAAGUGGUUUGGUUCGAUGACUUUAAAUCACUUGCCCUCAUCAAGGUGGGUUAGGAUCCUGGCAGGGAUUUUAGAUUGUUUAUGUGACGAAGCUAUCCAGCUAGCUAAAUUAAACUCUUGAUGGAAUGUCUGUGGCUAUGUUUGUUUGUUUGAUUGGGUUUUAGGUCACACCGACACAGUAUAGGUCAUUUGGUGACGUUCCAGCUUUACUGGUGGAGGAAGACCUCAGGUGUCCUUCUGUGCAUUAUUUCAGGCACGAACGAGCACCUGAGUAGAACCACCGACGUUCCAUAAACUAGCUGGAUAGGUCUAUGGCUAUAUUCAUGUGCCCGUCAUGCCCUAAAUAAUGAGUGAUGGGGCACCUGAGGUUUCCUCCAGAAAAGCUGGAAAGUUGACAUAAUUAUAACCUAUACCGACUGUGUUAGUGCAACGUAAAACCCAACCAACCAACCAAACCAAAUCACUUCUUACAUGCUGUUGGUCACUUCAUGUAUAAGUGUAGAAAAAGAAAAGAAAAUUUAUUUUGAUCUGUAAAUCUUUUUCAGAAAGUAAAAUACAUAUUAAUGUAUAUUUUUCUUUUCUUUAAGAAUAAUGAAUAUCUAGAAUUUCUUAUACUGUGUAAAAUGUUAAGAUAAUAUUUCUUUAUAAUUUUAUUUAUAUCAUUUAUUUCAUGACUAUAUUUUAAUUUAAAGUAAGAUUGUAUUAAUAUUUAACCAAACUGAAUUAGUAGAUAUAAAUAUGUUUAAUAAGUGUGUAAUAUCAUGCUUUAAGUUAUGAUGUAACUCGUUCCAUAAUACAAGACUUAUAUGAGCAUACAGUAUUUAUUUAGCAUUGUAUACAGCUGGAGAGAAAUAAAACAGAUUGAAACAUUUAAACUUUAACCACUUGAAAUUCUUAAAUGGACUAGUCCAGCAUCCAUUUUUGGAAGUGUCAAAUUAUAAGUUUUAGGGGUAUACAAAAAAAAGUUAAUUGGCCAACACUGUGAACAAAAUAGUAUUUGGUCAACACUGCAUGGAUGACACAUGCAAAGGAUUAAUAUUGUAUAUUUUAACUUAGUCACUUUAUUAAUUCCAUAUUGUGAAAUCUAUAAAUGCGAAGGUAAUGCACAUUUAAACCUAGAGAGGCUAUCAGGGACAGGGAAAAAGACUUUUGGUACAAAUAUUUUUUAUCUGUGGCAAGUAAAGAUAACUUUGCGAGUUAAGAUAACAUGUAGACACCUUAUUUGUUGACAAUUAACUCCAUCCUUUUGUCUGUGGUUAUAAAAAUAUACUAAAUUGAAUGUAAUAAUGUGACCAUUUUGUAACCUAAUUAAUGUUGUGUCCAAAUAUCACUAAAUAAUCUUCUGGGUUUUUUUUUAUAUAAAAAAAUGCAUCUUUUUUGUAUUAAAGCUGAAUGCCGCCAGAUUAGUAAACAAGUAUUCAAAAUAUCAACUUAACAAUAAGAUAUUGAUAGUUAGAAAAAUGUAUAAAUUUAUAUAGUCCUAGUUCACAUGAUACUUUGCAUGUUUUAUACAAAAUAUGCAGAGUUUAUUAGUUUUAUCAACAUAUUGCAACCAUGUUUCUGAUGGGUUGGUGACUGUUGCUGCGACUAUUUUACAUGUUAUAAGUACUAUACUGGUACUUUAUGUGGAUAGAUAGUACCAUUGGCUGAGUUAAAUCUCUUUUUAGACUUUACAACAUGUUAGACAAACAUACCAGAACAAUUUUUAUAAUUGAUUUUUUUUUUAAUUAAUGAAUCUGGAGGAAGAAGUGUAAGAAAAUUCUGCAUUUAUUUCAUUUUGUGUUAAUUAUUGUAAGGCUGGUCAAGGUUUUGAUCUAUUUGAUAAUAAAUGAUUUCUCUGAUUAAACUAACAUGGAUUGAUGAACUCACAGUCCCAAAGUAACAGAAGUCUGUUCUAAAGAUGCCAGAAAUGAAAUAAGACUGUGUGUUGAAAUUAAUUUUAUCGUUUUCUAAAUAGUUAUAAAGUUAUGCUAGGUUUUGCUGUGGACAAAAAUAUCUUUUUCUGACAUUUCAGCUUGAAGUGUAUUUUAUGUUUUGUAGAGUGAAAUUAUGACAGUUUGAGUAAAAAAAAAACUUUUUAUCAGAAUAAAUGAUAUUUACCACAACUAAGUAUUUUUGUUUUACAUGCAUAAAGUAUAACUAUAAGGAUGUAAAAUAAUUGUUAGACAAAAGAAUCGUUCUUUCAUUUCUAUUACAUAUUGACGCUGCUUCGCUUUGAUGGGAAGUUUAUUGUGACUGCUAACUAACGUGCACUACAUGUAUAUUAUAUUGUUGGUACAAAGUAUUACAAUUAUAAAAACAGAAAACAUAA